UGCAAGACAAGAUGCACCGCCCGUGGAGAUCCGCGAUUACCCGUGCGUUUCAAAUGUCAUAAUCUUUCGGCAAAAUCAUCCGCGGUUGCGCUCCAAAUUUCUAUCGUGUAUCGCCCAUUCUUGCCAGAUUUCCAGCUUUAAUUAUCUCAGUUAAUUUCUGACGUUCUGACAUAUGGAACAAAUUUUAGAAACACUGACCAAACAAAAGCUGUCAGAUAAAUUAGAACUAGAGCAAAUCAACAAUUGUGAAGAAUUAUUGCAUAAAUACAUGAUAAAACCAUUAACGCCAAAUAUUUCUAGUAAAAAUUCUAUGAUACUCGAUAACGGUAAUGAAAAGACGAAGAAGGAAGAACUUCUGAUGAGAUUAACUUAUGCAUUAAAGAAAUUAAAUCAAUAUGAAAGAAAUAUAGAUAAAAAGAGCACAGACGUUCCACGUCUUGAUGCAGAAGAUACUUUCACACAAAAAGGUGAAACAUUGCCUCAGAAUGUGGAAGAAAAUAUCAAGGGCAUUAUACAAUCUGCACAAGAAUAUAUAGUAAAAUUGGAUUAUCAAUUGAAAGAUCUCGACAUUGCUGAUCAGCAGAUAGAAAAUAGUAUGACAAAAACGUUAAAAGAUAUAGAUGGGACGUUUCAAUCUUUAUUAGAUGAUGUAUGCUACAAGAUUAAUAAGAGACGCGAACAGCUCAUACUGGAGACAGAAAUUCACAAACACGAGAGUUUGAUACCAUUGAGGGCUUGUAGAAGAGAAGUAGAGACGCAGGUACAAAAUGCACAGAAUAUCAUAUCAAUGAGCGAGGAUAUUCUACGACAUCCUAAUCGAUACAGCGCGAACAAAUUUGGAAAGAUUAUUUCUGCAAGUAACGAUAUAGGCAGGAUCCCAGCAGUACCGUAUUCUGAGGAGCUUCCGAAUAUAAAUUUCGAUCGCCCAUUAAACUGGUGCAAGGAAGAAAUUAUGGAGCAGAUUUCGAAACUUGGCUGUAUUUCUCGCACAGUACCCGUUCAAAUAACGAACAUCGAAGAGAGACCAGCGGGCUUGUUCAUCAAAUGGCACGUAAUUAAUCCGGAAUACUUCGCUGAGGAACAAAAGUUCAUCGUAGAGAAAGCUAACGGGGAAAUUCUUGAUCCGGCGUCGAGCAAAUUUGAGAUGGUGUACAGAGGAUCCGAGACUUCCUGCUUCAUCAGAAAUAUACCCAUUGGUCAACCAGUUACGCUCAGAGUUAAGAUACAAGCGGAUAACGUCGCAAGAAGUAUACAUCACGUCGUGCAGACUUCUAUACCGCCUUACAGUUGGGAACUUGACAACGAGAAUUAUAUGAUUAUUAACGAUAAAAUUGCUGCAAAAGUCACAGAUACUAUAAGUACGUUGUUCUCACAAAGUCCUCAAUUUGAUGCAAAUCAUAUAAUUGAAUUCAAGUUUUUAGAAGUUCCACAAGAAGGAAAUGACAACGAAGGUAUUGCAUUAGUUUAUGAUCCGCAAGGUAGUCACGACACUCUGAAGAGAGCAGCAUCACUGAUGAUCACACAUCAAGGCAAAAUCUUCAUGGACGGUGACGAGAAACUGAUGCGUCUGCCGAGAAUGCGUUUUGGUACGGUCAUUAUGAUCUCUGCCUUCCGGAAAAAUACUCACGUGUUACGAGUGAAUAUUGAGUCUGAAAACAAAUGCGUCACAUAUGACUGGCGUGUACAAACGCCGCUGUAUCUUGCCGCCCGAUUUACAGAGCGUAAUAAGUGGCAUUUGACGAUUGAGUAAACAUAUAAGACACACAGAUUUAUUUUCAUAAUCAUUGAACGCACAAUGUAAAUUUGUGGCAAUAAAGAAAAAGUGCCUUACAUGGGAAGGCGUCACACUCAACCA